UAUUUUGAUAGUGCCUCACAGCGAUGCCAUAUAAACAGUUGAUGUGAGGCUCCGCAUCAAUAGAAAGCUAGCUUAUUUGGGCUAUUUUGUGCUUUAAAAAAAUAUACAUUUAUUUUACAAUUAUAUGUGUCGUGGCAGGCAGGUGCGUUUACAGCCCGCUGCAAUGGUCGCGUUGCUGUGGUCAGAAUGAAGAGCAGGUGCAGAGAGGAGCGAGAAACCAUGGUGUUAUUAGCCAGUUAGCUAUCGUUAGCUCCGCUAGCUGUUAGCUAUCAUUUACCACAUCAAAUUAGUGGGCUGAGUUAGCCGGGGCUAACUCAGCCCACUAAUUUAAAAGGCACAGACAGCAGUAUCUAUUUUGAUAGUUUUACUUAUUCGUAGUUUUUCCAACUGAUAUUUCUGAAUUUUAACGGUUUACGAAGUAGCUAUAAGGCUAAGGAUCAGCUGUGCGGCUCAGCGCUGUGUCUGUGUCACUGCAACCUGUCAUUUAACAGCAAUCAGCCCCGCUGCUGUGGCUGGCUGUCACUAACAGACAUGGCACACGAAACCUUUCCUUUACACUCUCUGGUCUGGAACAAUCAGUACCUGGAACUGGACCGAGAGCUGCAGACGAAAGAGCAGGAUGUGGAGCGCCUGGAUCCCAGAGGGCGCACCCCGUUGGAGUUGGCCGUGAGCCUGGGCCACCUGGAGUCCACCCGAGUUCUGCUCAGACACGCUGCAGACCCGACACACUCCAACUCACAGGGCUGGACCAUUUUGCAGGAGGCAGUGAGCACCGGGGAUCCUGAGCUGGUUCAGCUGGUGCUUCAGUACAGAGACUUCAAACGUGCCACAGAAAGAUUGGCGGGCAUCCCUGAGCUGCUCAGCAAACUGAGACAGGCUCGGGAUUUCUAUGUGGAGAUGAAAUGGGAGUUUACCAGUUGGGUGCCCUUGGUGUCAAAGGUGUGUCCCAGUGACGUCUACAGGGUGUGGAAAAGCGGCUCCUGUCUCCGUGUGGACACCACGCUCCUUGGCUUCGAGCACAUGACCUGGCUGAAGGGACGGCGCAGCUAUAUUUUUAAGGGUGGAGAUGAUGGAGCAGUGGUGAUGGAGGUGGACCAUGAGAAGCAGGUGGUGUACACUGAGCCACUGGUGUUGUCCCCUCGUGACGCUCCAUCUCUCCUGGCAGCCAUGCAGCCGUCACAGGAGAACACUGCACAGAGACUGACUUCACCCAUCGUCUCCACUCACCUCAACACACGCAACAUCGCCUUUGAACGGAACAAGUCGGGAAUCUGGGGCUGGCGUUCAGAGAAGAGUGAGAUGGUCAGUGGAUAUGAAGCCAAGGUUUACAGUGCAACUAAUGUGGAGCUGGUGACUCGGUCCAGGACAGAGCAUCUGUCUGACCAGGACAAGUCAAGAAGCAAAGGCUCUAAGACUCCUCUGCAGUCUUUCUUGGGGAUUGCUGAGCAGCACACAGCUCACAAUGGGAGUAACGUGUCCCAGUGUGCCAGUCCUCACAACCCCACAGCCAUCACGUCUGAGGAAUACUUUGACCCAGAUUUUAACCUGAACGGUCGGGACAUCGGGCGUCCCAUCGAACUGACCAGCAAAGUGCAGAGGUUUAAAGCGACUCUGUGGCUGAGUGAGACUCACCCUCUGUCCCUGGCUGAACAGGUGACGCCCAUCAUCGACCUCAUGGCCAUCUCCAAUGCUCACUUCGCCAAACUGAGGGACUUCAUAACUCUACGCCUGCCUCCAGGCUUCCCUGUUAAGAUAGAGAUUCCCCUGUUUCACGUGCUGAAUGCCAGGGUGACCUUUAGUAACCUGUGUGGCUGCGACGAGCCGGUCGCUUCAGUCAUCGUUCACAAACUAGAGAGUCCAGGAGAGGCCGGUCAGUCACCUCCUGACCACUGUGAAGUGGACCCUUCAGUGUUCGAGCCACCUCCUGACUACACCGUCCUCGGUCCUGGUCGCAGCGAACCCAUGAGGGACGAGGACGACAACCUGCUGCAGUUUGCCAUCCAGCAGAGUCUUCUGGACGCCGGCACGGAGAGUGACCAGGUGACCAUCUGGGAGGCUUUAACCAACAGUCGUCCAGUGUCACAGUCUCCACUGUACGAGGAGGAUUCUCAGCUGGAGAGGGCGAUUCAGGAGUCUCUGUCCAUCUCACUGGCCAGCAGAGAGGGGGAGGUUUCGACCGACCCCAGCCAGCCUUCCUCUGUCUCCCCUUUAGACCUCACCACCAACUCCCCUUUGUCCUACAGCACAGGGACGGAUCAGCAGCUCUCAGGACACUUCAGUGUGGCCUCGAGUUACGACGAGCAGCUGCGCCUCGCCAUGGAGCUGUCGUGCAGGGAGCAGGAGGAGAUGGACAGGAAACAGAAGGAGGAAGAGGAGGAGCUGCAGCGCAUCCUGCAGCUGUCCCUCACUGAGAAGUGAGGGACAGCUGCAGAAAUGGACGAAGGUCUUCACAACAGAACAAUCUUCUUAACUUAUUCAGUUUGACUUUUUUUUUUUUUAAUCUUGACAUUAAGUUAUUAUGGGUAUUUUUUGUCUUUCAUAUAUAAAGGCUGCUACGGUGUGAGGGAGUGAAGUGGUAAAAAGGGACAAAAAGGGAGUUUUUUUUUGUUUUUGCUUUAUUUUAUUGACUCUUUUUCACAGUCUUGCUGUCUUUACUGAGUGAUGAAUGAUCUUUACAUUUUAAAUCUACAAUGACAUGAUCUGUGAUGUUGAUGAAAAAAAUAAAAUAAAAGUACCAUCUCAAUGGAGUAACAUAUGGAACUAUGAUUAUAAAAUGUUCACGUUGGCUAAUUUCUAUGUGUGGGAAAAUAAAGAAUUACAGUCAACAUA